AUGUCGAUUUUUCCUAUAGAAAGAACCAUUUCCAGCGACACCCUGGUCGGGAUCAGCUUUGUCGAGAACAAGACGACGGCAACGGAAGUCGCAACGACAACGGCACCUACAAGUCCGAACUCGCCUUUUAACCUCCAAUUGAUUCGAAAAGCGAUCAAUGAGUCUGCGAUCGAGAAUGAUUUGACUGGGAACACGCUGCAGAGUCAGAGUCAUGUGGAAGAGAUACAGUUGCGGGACCGGAGUUUGAUAGAGGAAAUGUUGGACCUCGAGGGUAGAACGACGCAAGAGGGGGAAUCGAGGCCCAAAAGACGGCUGUCGAUCUCUGGUUACAACAGCACGGAGCCCGUGUACUACGAGUACGAGUUUUUCGAGCGUGGGCUUCGGAGAGAACAGCGUGCCGAUGACGAGGAAGACAUCAUGGUGACGGAUGACGAAGGUCCCGAAGUUUUCUCGUUUGGGCUCAAUAAACAGCGCAAGGGGUCGAUGUUCAGCGACUACGCCGACGAGAUGGUCAUGAAUCCGUUGCUGCCGGAGAAUGAAGCCGGUACGACCGCUGAGUUGUCGUGCCGCAAAAAACGGAAAAACUACUUCAAAUUGAACCUGUUUGGUAACAACAGCGGCAGUGGUGGCAGCGGCAAUAAGGACGAGGAAGUGCCACUUAUUGAUCCGCAACUUUUGAGCGAGGAGCCACAACCGUUCUUGAAGAAAAAAUACUUCUGGAGCCGAAAACCUACUGUUCCCGUCACACAGGGCGCUGCUGUGGAAGACGCUACGAUGGGCGGUGUCAUAAAUCCGUCGCAGCUCGUGAACGAUGAAUAUUUGGGUCGUUCCUUGAGCGUGAGUACGAGUGCAAGAGGUUCCUCUUUCAGCUCGCCAGACGGUAGUGUGCAUUUUAACGACUCCUCGGAAGCGGGUAUCGUGAAGAGGAAAGGCGGGAUGCCAAAGACACGGGGCAGGAAACCGUCGCCCAUUCUAGACGCGUCUAAGCAGUUUGGGUGCGAAUUUUGCGACCGGAGGUUCCGCAGGCAGGAGCAUCUGAAAAGACAUGUGAGAUCGCUGCACAUGGGCGAAAAACCCUACAAAUGCGAAAUAUGCGGCAAGAUGUUCAGCAGAGGCGACAACUUGAACCAACACAUGAAGACGCAUGCGAGUAGCGACGCACCAUGA